GUUGUGGUUCAAUACAAAGGACGAAAGUUCUGCCAACUCAUUUUUCUUUAUUGUUAAAUGCGGGAAAGCCAACUUUCCAAGUUGGCAUUUUUCACUUCAAGUUGGCUGUGCGCUGAUGCUGCUGCGAGGAGCUGGAGUGCUGCUGUCUAGGACUAAGUCUGCACAGAUUGAAAUUAAUGCAGUGCAAGUUGUGCAAGUUCACCCACGCCGUUGAUGCUGUUCUGCUGAAACACUAUCGACUACAUCACAGAGGUUCAACCUGGCCUUGCAUCCACAGGGACUGCUGUUGCACUUUUAGAACAAUUAGUGCUUUGAAAUCACACCUUUCGAGAUUGCACAGGACUGCCCAAAGGCAAGAGAAUUUAACAUUCCAAUGCUGGUUGUGUGAAUACAAGGACAUUUGCUGUAAAAAGAAAGUAUUAAUUCAUUUGCAUCAUCAUCUUAGACGCAGAGAGAUAGUGUGUUGCCCAUUUGUGGGGUGCAACUUUAAAACCAAUCGCCUUAAUAGUUUUACUGGACAUACAUCACGGAAUCAUAAAAAACACAAUCUUAGAGAUUUUUUGUCACCAGUCAGGGUUGUUAGAGAUUUUCAGUCUAAUGACCCAGACCAGCCAUAUAAUGAUCCUGAAGCUGGUGUUUCAUUGACAUGUAAUCCUCGAUUAGAUUCCACAGAAAAACAUGAACCCGAUUGUGUACACAAUGUAGACUCUAAAAUACUUGAGCACAGAUUAGCUUCCCUUUUUCUUCGCAUGCAAUGCCUGCUACAUGUGUCAAAACAUGCAAUACAAGAAAUUAUAGAUGAAUUUAGUUAUAUUUUGUCCCAAUCCAAAUUUCAUACAACUGAAAUUCUCAAGGAGGUAUUUGCGAAACAUAAUAUUGAAGUUGAGGAAGAAGUUAUUCAAGAGAUAAGUAACACUGUGUUAGAAAAAAAUCCAGUACUUGUUACCACAUCAGAAAAAGGUACAUUAUCAACAGAUUAUAGGAGAAACAAGUAUUUCAGGGAGCAUUUCUCCAUCAUUGAACCAACUGAGUUACUGUAUGACCGGACUUCAAGAAAAUACUUUGUUUAUGUUUCUGUGAAUCAGGUUAUUGAGCUUUUAUUCAAUAGAGCAGAGUUUCUUGAAAAAAUUGUUUUCAGUGAAGAGUCUAUUCCAGGGGUAAAUAAACCAAAGGUAAUUUCUAAGGCAAAUGUUGAAAAGGGCACUAUUGGUGGCAAUGGCCACGAAAAUUGGUCUUUAUUACGAUUCCUCCCUCUUCUCAUCGGAAAGAGUGUGCCAGAACAAGAACCUGCAUGGGAAAUACUGAUGGACCUCAAAGAAAUAGUCGAAAUAGUUGUCUCACCUGUUUUUUCAGAGGAAAUAUUGCAUUACUUGGAGAUCAAGUUGUCUGAUCACAGAAGCCUGCUCACAGACACUUUUCCUGAUUUUAGCCUGCGCCCAAAGCACCACUUUGCUGACCAUUAUCCUUACCUUCUACGCUGUUUUGGCCCAUUGGUGGAAUUAUGGACGAUGAGAUUUGAAUCAAAACACAGCUUCUUCAAGAAGACUAUGCAUGAUGUUCAAAACUUUAAAAAUGUACUCCUCACGCUGUCAGUAAAACACCAACAGAUGAUGGCAUGCCAGUUUGAUAGCCAGAGUCUUUUCAAGCCAAUGUUACAUGUGGAGAAAGUAACUGACAUCAAAAUAUCUUCUUUGGAUGCUGACUUGCACACAGUGAUUCAGAGAAAGUAUCCACAUCUUGAAACUGUGUCCCUUUCUAAAGACAUUUAUUUUCAUGGGACCCGAUAUGUCGAGGGUAUGAUUCUGUCAUCUGGACACUGCAGUGGUCUGCCAGAAUUCUACAAAAUCGUGACCAUAGUGGUUGACCCUGAAAAAGUAGCCUUUGUUGGCAAAAAGCUCACAUCUUGGUACCUUGAACAUUUUAGGUCUUAUGAGCUUGUGGAGAGCAUCUAUGCAGACAUUGAAAUUUUUGAUCCUCAGGCUCUCAACGACUAUCACCCAUUGGUUGCGUACACAGUGGGAGGGAAGGUGCUGGUGACUCCAAAAGUGUGCCUGCUCCAUUGA